UCUAAAGUGACCAAUUAUAGUUAUAAAGUAAUCACCUACAAGUUUAAAAUGAUCACUUUUUAUAGUAUAAUUGAAGUCAUCAUUAACAAUCUUAAAAAACAUUAUUAAUUAUUAAUUUUUAUUGUUUUUAUAUGAAUAUUAUUAAUUAUUGUUUUGUUUUGAAUCAAUUAAUCACACUAAUUAGGAUGACAAACGAUCGUUCUUGGAUGUAUGGAAGCAUUGAAUCGUCGGAAUUUAUUGAUGGCGUAUUAGAAUUUUGUAGUAUUGCGGUUGAACAUCAAGUUAGGACGGGGGGAGUUGGUUUUUAUUACCCAUGUGUCAGUUGUGGCAAUGUAUCAAAGGUAGAUAGUGUUGAUAUCCUUAGUGAGCACAUACUUCGACAUGGGUUUAGGCCUCAAUAUCAUGUUUGGGUUUGGCAUGGUGAGGAGGGAGUUUACAAAGAGAAAAGUGUUGUUGAGGGCGUCAAUAAUGUGGCCGAUGUCAAUGAGGAUGUAGUAGAUCAUGUUGAUAGGUAUGAGACAGAUGAAGAGAAUGUCGAUGAGGAUGUGGAUCGUGUUGAUGAGAUGAUGGAGGGAGUCGAGGAUGAGUUAGGAAAACGUCCUCGUGUUUUUGACUUGUUGACAGAGGCUUCUCAAAAGCCUUUGUACCCUGGAUGUACAAAGUUCACCAAACUAACAGCAGUCUUGACAAUUUUCAACAUUAAGUCAAAGUUCAAUUGGAGUGACGCUAGUUUCACAAUGUUAUUAGAAGCGUUAGGUGAGAUGCUUCCUGAGGGAAAUGAACUUCCAAAGUCGACAUAUUAUGCCAAAAAGCUCAUGUGUCCUUUCGGCUUAGAGUACCAGAAGAUUCAUGCGUGUCCGAAUGAUUGUGUGUUGUAUCGGAAUGAAAACGAGAACUUAGAAGAGUGUCCUAGGUGUGGGUUAUCACGCUACAAGCGUAAAGGGGCUCGGGAUGCUAAAGGGCCCCCGGCUAAGGUAUUGUGGUAUCUUCCAAUAAUACCUAGAUUCAAGCGCUUGUUUUCUAUAAAGAAAGAUGCGUUAAAUUUGAGGUGGCAUGCAGAUAGGGUGAAGAAAGGUCACUUGCUCACACAUCCAUCUGAUUCUCCGGAGUGGAAGAGUAUUGAUAGGUUGUAUAAGACUUUUGGGGAUGAGGUUCGUAAUUUAAGGCUCGGACUAUGUACGGAUGGAAUGAACCCGUUCGGCAAUCUUAGUUCUCAACAUAGUACUUGGUCGGUAUUUUUAGUGAUCUAUAAUUUGCCACCUUGGUUGUGUAUGAAGCGUAAGUACAUAAUGCUUUCGCUUCUUAUCUCAGGUCCUAAACAACCUGGCAAUGACAUAGAUGUGUAUCUUGCACCUCUCGUUGAGGAUUUGAGAAAGAUGUGGGAUGAAGGCGUUUCAGUGUUUGAUCCAUAUGCUAAUGAGGAGUUCACCUUGCGUGCAAUGCUUUUAUGCACCGUUAAUGAUUUUCCGGUAUAUGGCAACUUAUCGGGGUAUAAGAACAAAGGGAAGAAAGCAUGCCCGAUAUGUAUGGAUGACAUGGAAUCCACGUGGAUUCCUAAGUGCAAACACGUAUUCAUGCACCAUCGAAAGUUCUUCCCACGAGACCAUCAAUAUCGUAAGAAGAAGAAGUUGUUCAAUGGGGAGGUUGAGGACCGUGUAGCUCGUCGACCGUUGACCGGUUAUGAGGUUUAUGAACAGGUUAAGGGAGUUGAGACUGUAUUUGGUAAAACAGGGCAAGUGCAAGGAGGUGAAGGCCGAUUAUGGAAAAAAGAAUCAAUCUUUUGGAAGCUUCCAUAUUGGAGAGAUCUACAGGUUAGGCAUUGUCUUGACGUUAUGCAUAUAGAGAAAAAUGUAUGCGAUGCCAUACUAGGGACUCUCAUGAACAUUCCGGGUAAGACAAAAGAUGUUAGGGCCGUGCGAGAUUGGUUUGAUUGUAAGGGUCUUCGUCCGGAGUUGUGGGCACAUGUUAAGGUGAGUAAGAAAAGAAAUAGAGCUGAUGAUGAAGUUGGUGGCAGUAAGAAGAAGAUGCUUAAUGAAAAAGUUUAUUUGCCUCCAGCUUGCUACACAUUGUCCAAAGCAGAGAAGCGGACAUUUUGUGAGUGUUUGUAUGGCAUUAAGGUUCCGUCUGGGUACUCAUCCAACAUGAAGAGAUUUGUUAGCCUAAAUGGUGAGCUGAAGUUGGGAAGCAUGAAAUCUCACGAUUGCCAUGUAAUGAUGCAAGUGUUCUUACCAAUUGAAAUCCGUGGAAUACUGCCAAAACAUGUGAGAUAUGCUAUUACCGAGCUAUGUUCGUUCUUCAACACAAUUUGUAGUAAAGUUCUUGAUCCCUUUAAACUUGAUGCACUUCAACUCGACGUGAUUGUAACUUUAUGCAAGUUUGAGAUGUAUUUUCCACCUUCUUUCUUUGACAUAAUGGUUCAUCUUAUUGUCCAUCUCGUUCGUGAGAUCAAACUUUUGGGUCCAGUUUUUUUAAGGUGGUGUUAUCCUUUUGAAAGACACAUGGGUGUUUCACGAAACAAGGUGAGGAAUCCAGCACAACCCGAGGGGAGUAUGAUUCAAGGCACUGUGAGCGAUGAGAUUAGUAACUUUAUAGCCGAGUAUUUGGCCAUGGCAAAGCCUAUUGGACUUCCCACCUCUAGACAUGAAGGAAGGCUUGAGGGAAAAGGAACAAUUGGCUCCAAAUCGGUCACACCUCCUCGAGAAAGCCUUCUACAAGCACACUUGUAUGUGUUGCAUCAUAUUCCGGAAGUUCAUCCUUUUUUGAGUGAGCAUUUUGAUAUAUUGCGCGCAAAACAUCCUUCUAAAGGGGAUAGGGCAUUGAUGCAGUUGCAUAACAAGACGUUUAUUAAUUGGUUUCAUAAUCGAGUAAUAUGCGAAGAACUCAAGGGUGUAUCCAAAAUUGUUAAGUGGUUAGCUUUUGGUCCUCGUGAUGAUGUCAACAAAUAUGAGGGUUACGAUGUCAAUGGCUUCACAUUUUGGACUGAGGGUCAAGACAAGAAGUCAUCGUAUCUACAGAAUAGUGGGGUUUCUAUUUUGGCGUCAUCUACAUUUUACGCGAGUGCGAAGGAUCAAGCGCCGGUUGAUGCUAAAUUGGUAUACUACGGGCGGGUACAUGAAAUAUGGGAGCUUGACUACUCUACUUUCAAUAUUGGUCUUUUCAAAUGUAAGUGGGUAGAUAAUAAUCGACGAUGCAUAAAAAAUGACGACCCUUGUGGAUUCACUCUUGUAGACUUAGCUCGGUUGCGUGAUAGUGAGGAGCCAUUCAUACUAGCCACACAAGCCAAGCAAGUAUUCUACAUUGUAGACCCGUCUGAUAAAAAAUGGUCUAUUGUUGUACCGGGAAAAAGAAGCAUUCUUGGUAUAGGUGAUGUUGAGGAUGAGGAAGAAUAUGAAGCUUUUGAAGACUCCCCUCCCUUUAUCAAUCCAAUAUCAGUGGAUCAAGAUGAUGUAGAUGAUGUAGAUGUUGGUUAUAUGCGUGUAGAUCACACGGAAGGAAUACAUUUGAAUUAAGUGAUUCACAAGGUACUGAUAUAUAAUGCAUCUAUUCAGAGACGAAAUUGUCCCCGAGAUUGAGACCUCGGAUAAUGAGCAUCGUAGUUACGACAGUGAAGAGGACCAAAUUGUGAGAUUCGAGUGUAUGGCUGAAGACGCUCCACCUCUA